AUGGUCCGCUAUCAAACCCCCAACAGGACCUCAAACCCUUUCCCUGUCGGCGGCAGGAUAGCGGACAGGGUGUUCGACAUCCCCAGAACGUUUCCUCUUGCUUUGGAUGUUGGCUCUGGAAGAGGUUACAUAGCUCAACAUUUAACCAAGGAAACAGUUGAAAAACUUAUCCAAGUUGAUAUUGCAGAGAAUGCUCUAAAAAAUGCUGUAGAAUCUGAAAUCCCUACAGUCAAUGUUGUAGCUGACGAGGAAUUCCUUCCUUUCAAAGAAGAUACAUUUGAUCUUGUUGUUAGUAGCUUAAGUUUACAUUGGGUGAAUGACCUUCCUAGAGCUUUUAGAGAGAUUCACCAAGUUCUUAAGCCAGAUGGAGUAUUCAUUGGUGCAAUGUUUGGGGGAGACACUCUGUAUGAGCUUCGCUGCUCUUUGCAGCUAGCAGAAUUGGAGAGAGAAGGGGGAUUUUCUCCUCACGUAUCACCGUUCACUGCUGUCUCUGAUUUGGGACAUCUGCUGUCGAGAGCUGGCUUUAACACCCUGACUGUGGAUACUGAUGAAAUUCAGGUCAACUACCCAGGGUUGUUUGAGGUUAUGGAAGACUUGCAAGGUAUGGGGGAGAGUAAUUGCUCUUGGAAUAGAAAACCUCUGCUACACAGGGAAACAAUGUUGGCAGCUGCUGCAAUAUACCGAGAAAUGUACGGGAAUAGUGAUGGCUCAGUACCUGCCACAUUUCAGAUCUACUACAUGAUUGGCUGGAAAUUCCAUGAAUCACAGGCAAGACCAGCCCAGAGAGGUUCUGCAACAGUUUCAUUUGGAGAUCUGGCGAAAAUAGAGGGACUUCUUUCAAGACAAAAAAAAUAG